AGACAGAAUACAGAGAGUUUUUCUCCCAUGUUAAUUUUUGUUUCAAACUCAACAACAUUUACUCACCUUUCUCUUCUUCUUCUUCUUCUUCUUUCAAUCUGCAGAACAACAGCAAACCUCGUUCUGCUCAAAGACCAGAGAGAAACAGAAGAAAUUUGAUCAACGUCGUGUAAGAUCCGCAAACUCUUGUAAUAAAAAAAAAGGUCUGGAAUCUCAGUUUGUAGGCCUAGGUUAAGAAAGAAUCUAGUUUAUGUUUGUCUGAGAAAGAGAUUCAUUGUAAACCCUAAUUUUGAGGUUUUGUUAUUUGGAUCUGGUUCUCAUUUUAAUUUAAUCAUGGAAUGACUUUUUAAAAAGGAGGAAUUGGAUUCCAUUUUUGGGGAAAAAAUGGAAGAAGAGAAAAAUAGGGUUAAGGCUGUGCUGUUAUUAUUAUUUGGUUGAUGAGAGGGAGGGGGAUGCAAGUAUUGAAGAGAGAAAAUUGGGAUUGUUAGAUACAUAUGAUUCGACGUUUUAGAUGUUUAAUUGGUUUCAAUCAUCAGAGAAAUACUUCUUCUCCUUCAAAGAGAUUGCUUAAUGCUAAACCAGCUAGAGUUAAACCAGCUAUGUUGGAAACUAUACAAGAAGUUGCCAUUUAUAUUCAUAGAUUUCAUAAUCUUGACCUCUUUCAACAAGGAUGGUAUCAGAUUAGAAUAACAAUGAGAUGGGAAGACAGCGAUUACACAUCACCUGGAUUUCCUGCCAGAGUAGCUCAAUAUGAAGCUCCUGAUCUAGGCCCUGAGGAUGUCGUCGGGGUGUGGAGAAUUGAUGACACAGACAACAGUUUCUAUACUCAGCCUUUCAGGAUCAAGUAUGCGAGACAGGAUGUCCUUUUAUCUGCCAUGAUUGCUUUCAAUCUUUCUCUAGGGAAAUAUGAGGGACCAGCCACUUCUGCUGUAAUUGUCAAGUUUGAGCUGCUGUAUGCUCCAAUAAUGGAUAAUGGGUCCGAGUUGCCGGCUUCUCUGGAUACUUUGCCUGCUGCAAUCCAUGAAUUCCGGAUUCCUCCCAAGGCUCUCCUUGGAUUGCACUCAUAUUGCCCUGUCCAUUUCGAUUCUUUCCAUGCGGUGCUUAUUGAUUUGAGCAUGCACGUCAUUCUUUUAAAAGCUGGUUCAUUCACGUCCCCAGCGAAGAAGGUACCCAGUUAUGCUCCCACGGUGAAAAAUGUUGCUGUUGGGCCUUUAGCUGAGAACGGUCAAUUGACAAAUCAAGGAGUUGGCAUUGAUCAAAAAAAAGUUGCAACUGUGAAAGCAUUGCUGGCUGCACGCGACUUUCUCUUAGAUGAACUACGAAAGCUUAGUGACGCAAUUGAUCAAAAAGUUGAUUUGACAGAACUCACAUCUGAACUGAAACAAAGUAGAUUCAGUUCUGUUCUGCAACCGUACCUGGGUAUCGCAGAAGAUAUUUUGGAGAAACCAGGUGGCGUAUCUGAUUUUGAAACGGAGGACUUCCUUCAGUCUCUGUCAAACAAAGACAUUAUAAAUGCUUUUCAUUUACUUGGCCACCAGCUUUCAGUUUUAUGGAACAUAUAUUUGAAGUUCCACAGGGCCAAUAGGACGAAGAUAUUGGAAUUUUUACGUGAGGCGUGGGCCAAUGAUCGGAGAGCUGAGUGGUCCAUAUGGAUGGUCUACUCUAAGGUUGCCAUGCCACAUCAUUGUUUAAGAAGUGAUGAGUCUUUUCAUCGUAGCAUUCGCGGGAAAGGUUCUCUUGCACAGAAGUUAAACGAAGAUCCAAUCCAAGCUGCAGUAACGCGUGCUGAUCUUCAUCGACGAAGUAUUGCCCAAAUGAGGAUUAAUAAUCGUUCGAUUCAAGACAUGCAUAUUUUCGGCGAUCCUUUACGUAAUCCUGUGAUACUUGUGGAACGUGUCAUGAAUGCUCAAUUCCGAACUAGAAGUGGAAAUUCGUUUUUCUCCCCUCUAGAGCAUUCUGCUAACAUACUCAUGGGCACAAGGUUAAACACUGGGAACAAGUUAUCUGGUACAGGGACACCAAGAAGUAGUCGCAUUCUGAGAAUUGUCGUAUUUGUGCAUGGAUUUCAGGGACACCAUCUCGAUUUACGGCUUGUUCGGAAUCAAUGGCUUUUGAUAGAUCCUGGGGCAGAGUGUCUCAUGUCAGAGGCCAAUGAAGACAGAACAUCUGGCGACUUGACAGAUAUGGGAUCAAGAUUGGCUGAAGAAGUGACUGCUUUUGUCAAGAAAAAGAUGGAUAGAGCUGCAAGAUCUGGUGGCUACAAAAAUAUUAAGCUUAGCUUUGUUGGGCAUUCCAUUGGAAAUGUAAUUUUAAGGGCAGCCUUGACGGAGAAAAAGAUGGAGCCUUUUUUAAAAUACCUUUAUACGUAUGUGUCUGUAUCUGGGCCACACCUGGGGUAUCUGUACAGUUCAAACUCUUUAUUCAACUCUGGUCUGUGGCUUUUAAAGAAGCUUAAAGGAGCUCAAUGCAUCCAUCAACUAACUUUCACCGAUGAUCCAGAUCUCGAGAAAACUUUUUUCUACAAGCUUUGCAAGGCAAAGACAUUGGAGCAUUUCAAGAACAUAAUCCUUCUAUCUUCGCCACAGGACGGUUAUGUCCCUUAUCAUUCGGCUAGAAUUGAGGUCUGCCCUGCAUCAUUGUGGGAUUACUCAAAGAAGGGUAAAAUCUUUAUGGAUAUGCUAAACAAUUGCUUGGAUCAAAUCCGAGCCCCCUCUUCCGAGCAACGCAUGUUCAUGCGAUGUGAUGUCAACUAUGACACCUCUGGACAAACCAGGAACUUAAACACCAUGAUUGGUCGGGCUGCUCAUAUCGAGUUCUUAGAGACUGACAUUUUUGCUAGGCUUAUAAUGUGGUCCUUCUCAGAGCUUUUCCGAUGACUGGUAUAGAUAUUCCAUUCAAUUACCUCUGUACGGAUAUGUCAAUCCAGAUCUUCAUUCGUUAUCAGCGAAGCCCUCAGAUCUUAUAUUUCAGCAAAGAACAAGAAACACGCAGAAGUGUUGGAAGCUGCUGUAUCUUUAGCCGUCCCUAUUUCGACGGUGACUACAUUCAUCGGGUAUAACUUAGGCUUCCUGAAGUUUGUAAAUUACAAGUUAUAACUCAAGGUUUAGUGUAUCAGAGUUAAGUUGCUUAGUUUAGUUUAAAUGCUAUCCAAAGUGUAAUUACGCGCAGGUAAAAUAGGUCCACUAAUUGUGAUCUACGCUUAACAAAGUCGGGGAAGAAUAAAAACAUGAAAGUUCCUCUUUUGUUUACGGGUGUCUGUGUAAAACCCUUGUCCAUACACAUUUAUUUGAAUAGUUCUGCAAGGGAAGCUUGUUAUGUAAACCAUUUAGUAGUUGAUUUAGAGAAAUGGACUUCUUCGAAAUAUAAAGUUACUAAAUGUAGUUGAUUUAUUCGUA